AUGGCGUUCGACAAAUUAAAGGAGCUCUUGACAUCACCACCCGUCAUUCAAUCCCCAUAUUGGAAGCUCCCAUUCGAGAUAAUGAGCAACGCAAGUGACUAUGCAGUGGGGCUGUACUGGGGCAAACGAAGAACGCAAAAACCAAGGUUAAUUAGAUGGAUUCUGCUCCUCCAAGAAUUCAACUUGGAGAUUCGAGAUAAGAAGGAGGUGGAGAAUCUAGUUACUGAUCACUUGAGCCAUUUGCUUACAGUUGAGGAGGAUCCCCUAUUGAGGGAGAUUUUUCUCGAAGAACAAUUACUUUCUGUUAAUUCUUCUAUUCCUUGGUUUGCUGAUAUUGUGAACUUUUUAGUGACCAAUCAAGUACCUGCAGUUGACUAUGUGUCCAAAUGGAUGGAGGCGAAAGCUACCCGAACCAACGAUUCUAAAGUGGUUGCAGAGUUUAUUAGAUUUAACAUCUUUGUUCGCUUUGGAAUGCCAAAAGCUAUGGUGAGUGACAGGGGAACACACUUUUGCAACAAGACAAUUGCUGUUUUAUUCCAAAAAUAUGGUGUGUUCCACAAGGUAUCCACGUCUUACCACCCGCAGACGAAUGGUCAAGCUGAAGUGUCAAAUAGAGGGAUUAAGUUGAUUUUGGAGAAAAUGGUUCGUCCGGAUAGGAAGGAUUGGAGUUCAAAACUGGAAGAUGCACUAUGGGCGUAUCGAACCGUGUACAAGAUGCAAGUUGGGAUGUCGCCCUAUAGAUUAGUAUUUGGGAAGUCAUGCCACCUCCCUGUGGAAUUUGAGCAUAGGACAUUUUGGGCGAUUAAACAAUGCAAUAUGGAUCUCGAGAAAGUUGGAAUGCAUAGGAAGCUUCAAUUGUAG